AUGUCACAGUCCGAGCCGCACUCGAAUCAGCCACGUACAACUGCAUCGCACAAGGACAAGGAGAAAUCAGUGCCCAGGGACCCAGCACCCCAGGUUCGCGCUGCCCUACCAGCAGACGGUCGCAUCAGGAAUAGGCUGGUAACCCCGCCGCGCAAUCCGACUGACGGUCCGCGGGUCAUCAACACCCCCAAUAGCCGGGGUCUUCGCUCAGUCUCUUUGAUCAGCCCUACAGCUAAAGAUCUCGACUCGUGGCUUAUGCAAGACUUACAGGACACCAUGCUCACCGCCGACAUGCUCGACAUGAUCUUGGAGUGUGUGCGACGGUGUCGCAAGGAUGGCAGCACGACUGACAAAGGCGGACCCGGAAACGCAGAGAAGAAUUUUAGUGAUCCGACAACAAAAGAGGAAGAGGGCGAGGGCGGAGACGGCGCACAAGAUGCUCACGACAAACAUGAAGCUGACGACGAACACGAGACUCGUGAUGAACCAAGGGCUCAUGGCGAACAAGAGGCUCACGGCGACCAAGAUGCUCUGGGCGGUCAAGAGGAUGUCUCGAUGAAGCCGGACCUACAAGACCUGAUUGAUUCUCUUCCUAUACUCGGGGAGUGCCUGCGCAAAGUCUCGCCGUUAUGUAAUCCCGACUGGGAGUAUCUCGAUGGGGAGAAGAAUCACAGCUCUACCGCACAACACAUCAGGGACAGGAUACACGAAUACCGAAUUGCAACCGCGGAGAAAGAUCGUUACAAGCCUCUGAUUCUCCUUUUCAAUAAGAUCCUGCAAGCCACGCGUGACCUCGAUCUCCCUCUCCGCUCUGCUCCCCGCGGAAUCCAUAUAAUGUUUCAUAACACGUCGAAUAGUCAGCAAGUUGGCCUCUCCUCUAAAUCACGCCCGGACUUCGGAAUCUUCCGCUCUACCGACGUGAACACUCGUAGCAGUAAUCCCCGACCGGACGGUGCUGAGGCACACGACAUGUGGGAUGCACACGCCUUCACUACUGCCACUGUUUCGCCUCGCGGCCCUAGAGCGUACACUUACGGACAGCAACUCAGCGCAGGCGAGGUGAAAGUCUUCGGCAAGCCGUUGGCUGAACCUCCACAGUGGUAUACAGUGGACCCCGACAAUAUUCAUCUCACAUACGUUCCUGCGAUCCCUCCUUCUACGUGCAAAGACCAAGACCAUCUACAGUCUGAAGCCUCGCUCGGGACCGGAAAUCCCGAUGCUGUGUUGACAGACAGCAACGCACUGCGUUCCGUUGCUUCUACAUCGACUCGUGGCACCUUCAUUCGUUCUAGAUCCAGUGCGCAACAGUCCGCCGUAUCGUCGAUCCGAAUCACCCCCCUGCCGUCCACAUCUACUUCUUCCAAGCGUAAGGCUGGAGAUGCUCUGGGCAGCAAAGCCAAGCGCAGGAGAAUUCAAGGUGAUCCUACACAGAGUGAGGGAGCAAUGUUGCAGCAGAUAACGAGGUACGCGUAUGACAUCCUCGGGAGCUCUAUCUCCAGGACACAUGUCGUCAACCUGACUGUCAACGGCGAGUAUUCUUUCCCAACCCACGACAUCAUUCGUAUCUGGUGGUUCGAUAAGGAGAAAGUGAUUCAGAGCACGGGUCUCAACUUCAUUUUGGAUCUUCCGUUGCUCGUGGUUCUGCUCGCUACGUUCCAGCGCUUCGACUAUCAGGACUGGGGCGUUGGCACCUUCCUCACCCCUGAACGUCCCAAAGACGACAAUUCCGUGACGACCGAUAGCGAUUCCAGGGUUGAGCAUGCUCCUACACCCACCUCGAACGCUGACUCUACCACGACUGCCGACGCCAUCCUAGGGUCACCUGGUGGCCCGCAUUGGUUCAGUUUUUCGAAGACACGCAUUAGGAUCGACACGAGUAACCCGGCUUUCGAAGGCCUUC